AAUCUGAUCUUACAGACUGAAGUGAACAUAUCAUCUUAUAAACAAAGAGAUAAUGAAAUCCUUUGCUCUCUGCAUCAUCCUCAUCGUUUCCAUGCUCUGUCACUGUAGUCAGAGCGUCAGUAAGAAUGAGAAUCGUUCAAUGAUCUCUUCAGGGAACCUCCCACAGAUGGAAGAAUCAUCUCUUCAGGAGCCUCUCGCCCGAGGUAGACGACAUCUGGGCCUUUCCCUCUGCAUCUACUGCUGCAAAUGCUGCAGAUACAAGGGGUGUGGAUACUGCUGCCGCACCUAGCGGACCCCGGGGCGACACCAUAGCUGAUACUAUAUAUAUAUAUAUUUAAUAUAAAUUUGUACACAAUGUCAUAUUGAUUUUUGAUACUGUAUUGUAUUUGAGA